GAAGGAGUUGAUGUGGCAGUUGGCGGAGAAGAUGAUGACGACGACCUACUUGGGGACCUUGAUCUUGGUGAAGGACUUGAAGGUCUUGGCCCUGAAGGUGGGGAUGGAGAUCGAGAUGGACAAGACUCUGGGGACUUGCAAGGGUUGCAUCUCGGUGGGCAUCUACCUGGAGGAGACCAUCAAAGUUCUAGAUAGGACGAAGGACUACUCGCACAUCGGCUACGAUUUCAGGGAGAAGUCCCACGAGCUGUUCGGCGAGGUGUCCAUCGGCGGCUGCAUGGCGAAUUGCACGUUGGGGUACGUGGGAGAUGCACGGGCGCGUGGGGAUUAG